GUUGCCGGAUUCCGCGCGUUCCUCUGCUGCCAAAAGAUGUGAUCGGAUUCUCAACGCCAAGCAAGCCUUCCUGAGCGGCGAUAAAAACCCAAUCAAAGGCACGAUGGACGAAGAAGUAAGCGCUAAGAUAAUUAAAAAAACGCAAGACCUCUUGGGAUCUGUGAUAAAGAGACCACCUCUGCAAGAAAAACUGCUCAAGAAACCGCCUUUCCGAUUUCUGCACGACGUUAUCCAUAACGUCAUCAAAGCGACAAAUUUUUUAGAUGGAUUGUACACCCAGGAAGAGCUUACUUCAGAUAAUAUAAAGGACAAGGAAAGCAAAAUAGCAUUUUUACAGAAGGCUAUUGAUGCUGUCGGUAUAGUAACUGGAUCGGCGUUGCCCGUGCGACCAUCAAAAAUAGUUGCUGGACACGAGUCGGAUAAAACCAACGAAUUUCUUCAAGUACUUGCAAAGUCAGCAGCCAAAAAGGUAGACUCUAGUGAGGCUGUGAAAAGGGUUCUAGCUGGUGAAAAACCUCCUGCGCCAAGCAAACCUGAGAAAAAAAAUGCGGAGAAAAAGAAAGAGCCAGUGAAAGUGUCAAAAAAGGCUGAAGGUGAACGGAAGUCAAGAAAAACAACAGGUGAUGCCGACACAAGUAAAGAUAAAAAAUCGACAUCCUCGGUGCAAAAACAAAAGAGCUCAUCUAACAGCAAGUCAUCCAAGUUGGACAAGCAGGUAGAGCACAGGUCAAAAUCUAGAGAGCCUGACGCUCGCAAGACAGAGGGCGAUGAGACGCGCAGUGAACGUCCAAAAACAAGCUCGAAGAAAAAAUCAGCCAAGGAGGUGAAGGAGUGUACAGCUCCACCAGCAAUGCCCAAUGAAACGUCUAAGCUUGAACAGGAUCAAUUUGUUGCGAAGGUAGACAAGACUGACGCACAUGCAGUCAAUCACAAUAUUCAAGAUGAUGAAGUGAAACGCCCACGUAGUACAAAGCGGUCAUCUCACAAGGAGCAAAUUCCGGAAAGCAGUGGUGAAGGACAUCAGGAUAAGCCACCUACAUUAAAUAGCAGCAGCCAUGAAAUGGCUCCACAGGUGGAUCACUCAUUGGAACUUCCUGAGCCUGGAAGCAAGACUGUGCCAGAUGUCGAGAGGCCAUUGUCUCGGUCAACACUGAGGUCAUCACGCCCUCGAAGUUCCCGACCAGCUGCACCAAGAAUACGAAAGAGGGAGAACUCUGCUGAUAGCAUGCCAGCGGCCAUGAGGGCUCCGACUGCUAAGCCAGUUGAAAACGUAAUUCUGGACACAAGUGAAGACAAGAAUGAAGAUGACAAAGAUGACGAGUUUGUGAUUACCGAGUCUGCAAAUGAACCAGUCCUAGCCAAGCUGGACACCGUCACAGCAGAACAGCUUCCAGAGUCCGAGCAAGGCAACCUGGUAAAGCAGAUCCUUGAAGCAAAGAAGGAGUUGGAACAAGGAAGCCAGCGGCCAUCGACGGGCUUCACAGCAGCUGAACCGGUCAUGCCAGGCAUUGUCUCUAAAGCACCAGGCCAGGACAAGACCGAUGCCCUCCGACAGCACAUCCAAGCAGUCAGCCGAGGAGCGCUCCCGCUGGGAAAGCUGCUGGACUUACUUUCUGAGGACCUGGACUCCAUGAACAUUGAGUUGAGUUUGUGGAAGGAGGAGCACGCCAAGAAUCUGCAGGCUUACAGCUCCGAGCAGAGUGCAACAGACUCGAUUCUGGAGCCUUUACGACAGAACUUAGAAGAGCUGGACCAGCGCAUUGGUGACGAGCUUGAGGAAAUCUCGGCAAGGAGGGCAGCCAUUUUCAGCAAUGCUGAACGGUUAGAGAAGAUGCUCACUGUGGCAAACCUUGGACGCUAAAAAUUCCUGACUUUUUUGGCAACAGACAGCCUUGAGGAUGUUGUUAUUUCAUGGAUGAGAAUGAAAUAAAUGCACUAAUUGACGUGUUCA